UUGGUUUCUCGUAGUUAUCAGACGUAGAUUGCCUUUACAUUUCCACCGGUUAAAGGGUAUGAUGAAGAGUCAGGUAGCGCUCCUUUAUGUCCUGAUCAUUAUGUGUGGAGGAUGGGCCCAAAGCCUGAAACCUCGCCGGAGCGUUUCCUUUUCAGAUGUUAACCUGAAGCUGUUUGAGGAGCUCGACUUUGAUGGUUUGAGCUCCCUGUUGGUGAGAGAAGACAUCGGUCUGCUCUUCAUCGGAGCCAGAGGAAAGGUCAUCACGCUCCGUUUGGAUGACAUCGCUGAAAAGACCAGUGAGACUAAGUGGACGGUGAGUUCUGAAGACAAAUCAAUGUGCCAGACAAAAGGCAGGAGCAUCGAGGAAUGUGACAACUACAUCACGAUGAUGCACACUCAGGAUGAUGGCAAAAUUCUGAUUUGUGGAACCAAAGCAUUCGACCCUACCUGCACACACCUGAUGCUUAAAGGAGGAAAUGUCACCAUGGAACCCACAACUGAGAGCGGCAGAGGGAAAAUUCCCUUCAACCCUGAACAAAAAUUUGCCUCCAUGAUGAAUGGAAACAUGUUAUAUACUGCUGCUUCCAUAGACUUCCUAGGAUUUAAAGAGAUUUUCCAAAGACAUGGGCAGAAUCCCAUAAAGACUGAAGAGAAACAGUCUUGGCUGUAUGACCCCAAGAUGAUUUCCAUACACUUGGCUGAAAUGAAGAAAAUUUCAGAGAACAAUGAGGACGACAACGUGUUCUUGUUCUUCACUGAGAAGGCUGUUGAAGAACGGCACAUGCUGCGACUGUCGAGAGUUGCACGAGUGUGUAAAAGUGACUUAGGAGGACUGAGAACUUUGCAAAGAAAGUGGACUUCUUUCCUGAAAGCGCAUCUGGACUGCCCGUUUGGAGACAAAGGUUCACAGUCUCUGGUGAAGGACAUCUUUCUUCAACGAGAUGAAAGCAACUUGAUGGACAAUGUCUUCUACGCAAUAUUCACCUCAAACUUGAAGCUGUCCAGUUCCUGCAGUCAGUCUGCUGUCUGCACCUACAAGCUGUCAGAUAUCCAGCAAGUUUUCAGAGGGAACUUUCUGACCUUGAGUGAUUCUGGCUGCUGGGUGACGUACAAAAAAGCAGUGCCUAAGCCCUACCCUGGUUCAUGUAUUAAUGAUGAAAUGCGAAACAAAAGUGUGAGGACCUCUCAUGACAUCCCAGACUCAACCCUGAUGUUUGUGAAGGACCACCCUCUGAUGGAGCAAGUUGUGAAACCAAUCACUGGGAGGCCUCUGCUGGUCCGGUCUGCGACCCAGUUUUCAAGAAUUGUUGUUGACAAAGUAACAUCUCUGGAUGGACAGCAGCACAACAUCAUGUUUAUUAGCAACAACUCUGGUUGGCUGCAGAAGGCGGUGUGGUCUGGUGAUGAUGGAGGGCGAAUCAUUGAGGAGUUGCAGCUGUUUCAGGAUCCUCAGCCCAUUCGCUUCCUUCAGCUCUCCUCUAGAAGUGGUCAGCUGUACAGUGCAACUAGAACUGCUGUUGCUCAGCUCAGUGUGAGGGACUGCAGCCGCUACACAUCCUGUGCCGACUGCCUUACUGCCAGAGAUCCAUACUGGCUGGGAUCGUCUCAGAGGCCUGUGUGCUGCUGUUGCUGGUGCUUCAAAACCUCUCCAUUGUCAAAGAAGAUUAUCGACAUCCACCUCACAGUUGACGUGGCACAGUUCCUCCCCUGCUCCCUGACACCAAUCUCCCCAUCAGCUGGAGCUUCUCUGGUAACAUCCUUGAGCCCGGUCCCCGACACAUUCUGCUCAGCCAGGGACUUGUUUAACACCUUCCUUCACUGA